CUGUUUACUUGGCGGUGCUGGCGGGAGCCAACAGAAAAAUGCAUCGCGUAAUCGCAAGGGUAUUUUUGGCAUUAAUGAUCCCGGUCAAGCUAAGAGAAAGCUGGGCAGUCGCAACACAUUUUUCAAUACCGGAGCUGGUUUCUUGAUUGAUCUCAGCCAAAAGCAAAAGGGUAAAAGCCACUCGAUACUUUCCAGCUCACCAAGUGGAUUUUCUAGACAUGCAUUAUCUAUCUUGGUUACUCAUAAUCAGCACAACUGUUCUUUUACAGGCACUCGGGACUGCCUCGGUUGCUGUACCGAGUUCCAAUUGCUACGUUCUUGAUAACUCUAGUCACAUUCUCGAUUUCAGUGGCUGGGUUGGGCAGGUUUUUCAAUAUGAAGGGAAGCAGGACUCUGACUUGGUGGUUCGAUUUUGCAAAGAUGUGGAGAGUAGAUCACAAAAGGGAUAUGUAGAUUUUGGCCGAUUUGAUAAGCUCAACUACUUCGUUACUAGUUCGGGGAAAGUUGACUUUGUUCAAGACUUUUUCAAUGGUGACCUGAUGAAUUGUGAGCAGAGUUAUGACAAAAUGGGACGUACAGCUCAGGUAAAUAUUAUAUGUGGAAGUUGUUUAAAUGGAGAAUGUAAAGGUGGGCUUGGAUGCAUAUGCAAUGUUACUUAUGAGUCGACUUGCAGAGUUUUGGUUGAACUUGCCAUUCCAUGUGAGAGACCAGGUCCACGGGUAUUUGAGGGCUUCACUGUUGGUUUUCAUCCACGAUCAUGGGAAAUUGUUUACAAUGGCAUGACUCAACUGGGAUUUGAAAAAUCUCACCAUGAUUUCAGCUUUAGGACUGAACAGGUUCAUGUAGCCCUUUAUAUGACCGCGAUUGCUUCUCUUUCGAAUUUGGUGCGGAAGCCUAUUAUUAAGGUUUUUCCAGAAAAUGGCCUGGAGGUUUCAUUAUCAGGCUCAGGGGCAACAGGGAAACCUCCUACAACUUUGUCGCCCACAGUGUUGAUUGUGGAUUGGAGAUGUGAGAAGGCCCGUGAUACUCCUUAUGAAGUUAAUAUCACUAUUCCAGUAGAGGGUUAUGAGCCCAUUCAGUUCAUUCUAACAAAAAUGUGUGAAUAUAGGCAAGAUCAAAGGGAAGACGGGACAAGAGGGUGGGCUAUGUUUGGAGUGACAUCCUGCAUAUUCAUUGUUUUAUCCUCAUUGUUUUGUUGUGGAGGAUUCAUUUACAAUACUCGAGUGGAACGCCUGCAUGGAAUUGAUGCGUUGCCUGGCAUGGCAAUUUUAUCUGCCUGCUUGGAAACUGUGAGUGGAGCUGGGCAAAGCUACUCACGAGCAGAAGAUCGUAACAGUGCCUUUGCCAGUGAAGCCUAUUGGGAAGGCGCACCAGUUCAUGCUCAAGGAGAAGGUAGAACAAGUGAAAGAAAAUAUGGUUCCAUUUGAUUCAACAUAGCUUGCCACACGGAAUUUUUAGCAAAUUUUGUACUACAGAUUAUACAUGCAUGAACCAAAUAUAUGAGAGAUUGUGAAAUUAGAUUAUGAAAUUUCACAACGCGGUGUAUCAUACUGUGAACAAAAUUUAUAGCAAGUCUGUAAUCAUCCAUGUGAGAAUAUUCUCUGAAUUAUUUGGUGCGUUCUUUCUUCUUGUAUUUGUUCCUUUUCAUCUCAGAGGAUGUCAACAAUAUUAUAAAAUGAAACUCAAAUGUUUGUGUUU